AUGGCACUUUGCACAAACGGCACAAAAUCCCUUGCGAAAAAGAAGUUUAUUCAAUGGGCAACACACAGAAUCCAAAGGGCGAGUAGAGCAGAGGAGAUACUGAAACAUUCCGCAUCAAAUGGUUUAAUUCAGCGGGAUAAUUCGUCUUUGGAGCAGGAGAUCGAGGAGUUGCGUCGGAACAGGCCAAAGUCGGCCGAGCGUGGAGACUUCACUCUGAGCGACGUCCUGUACUUCACCAGGAAAGGCAUUGAGAGCAUUGUGGAAGACGAUGUCACGCAGAGAUUCACCUCAGAGGAGCUGGUGUCCUGGAACCUCCUCACCCGAACCAACAACAACUUCCAGUACAUCUCUCUCAGGCUCACUGUACUGUGGGGAGUUGGCGUGGUCGUGAGAUACUGCAUACUGCUUCCUCUACGGAUUACACUUACAGCUAUAGGGCUGAGCUGGUUGGUGAUUGGCACAACGAUGGUGGGUUUCCUCCCCAAUUUCAGAGUGAAGGGUUGGUUGAGUGACCUGGUCCACUUGAUGUGCUACAGGAUCUGUGCAAGAGGCCUUUCAGCUACGAUACACUAUCACAGCAAACAGAACAGGCCUAAGAGAGGAGGCAUCUGUGUAGCUAAUCACACUUCGCCAAUUGAUGUCGUUAUUCUGGCUAAUGACGGCUGUUAUGCAAUGGUAGGACAGGUUCAUGGUGGUUUAAUGGGAGUCCUCCAGCGUGCAAUGGAGAGAUCUUGCCCUCAUAUCUGGUUUGAGAGAGCAGAGAUGAGAGACCGCCACCUAGUGACACAAAGGUUAAGAGAUCAUGUAAAUGACAAAACAAAGCUGCCAAUACUCAUCUUCCCUGAGGGAACUUGCAUCAAUAAUACAUCAGUGAUGAUGUUUAAAAAGGGAAGUUUUGAAAUUGGAGGAACUAUAUACCCUGUGGCUAUAAAGUAUGACCCUCAGUUUGGAGAUGCUUUCUGGAACAGCAGUAAAUAUAGCAUGGUGAGCUAUCUGCUGCGGAUGAUGACGAGCUGGGCCAUAGUCUGCAACGUCUGGUAUCUGCCUCCAAUGGCACAGAAGGAAGGAGAGGAUGCUGUGCAGUUUGCCAACAGGGUGAAAUCAACCAUUGCACAACAAGGAGGUUUAGUGGACUUGGACUGGGAUGGGGGUCUGAAGAGGGCAAAGGUGAAGGAUUCGUUUAAGGAGCAACAGCAGAAGAAGUACAGCCACAUGGUGGUGGGUGAUGACAGCAGUGACUGA